AUGCCAAUGCGUCAGUACUUGGCGCCACCGAUGACUUCAUCUGAUGAACCUCAACAAAUGAAUUCAAUAACUGCCGAUAGUAAUCAUCAUUUCGCUCCAGAUGUGAAUGCUCAUGACCAACAGGAGACGCUCCAGGAAUCUUCUGCUCCGUCGAGACAGUAUUUAUCACCAAUGUCAAUGCCUAUUCAAGAACAUGAAUCUCGAGAGGCUUCAGUGGCCAUGCCCAACAAUCAAUAUUUGGCUCCACCACCAACAAUGCCCAGCAGUGGGCAACAACUGCAGCAACAAUCAGCGCCAGCUGUGCAUUACUUGCCACCACAGCAGCAAAUGCUUGAAAUGCCUCCGAGGCAAUACUUGGCUCCUCAAAUACAAAGACAUGAAAUGCAAAUGCACCAGAAAAUGGAACCAGAGCAAAGAUCUCAGGCAAUGCCAGCAUCCAGUUAUUUGCCGCCAACAUCAAAAAUGUCUCCACCGACAUUAGAAAUGUCUUCGCCGUUAAUGGAAGUUGUGCCAGAAAUGGAACCGACACGCGAAUAUCUAAGUCCAUUUGGAGAAGCCGAAAAUGUAGCAGAAGCCGCACAAGAAUCCGCCAAAGAAGCCACAGCAAUGUUUGAAGAGCAAUCGGCUCAUCAGCCAACGCCACCAGCGCUCGCCGAAGAGCCGGCUAGCUACUAUCUACCACCACAGUCGCCUGCAGCUCAACAGCUUAACUACCAGCCGCAAUACCAGGUAUCUCAACCAACGCCACAGCCAGAGCAAAUGCCGCCAGUCGAAUUUGUGCUACGACACCAUCAGCUGAUGACGCAGCCCGGAAGUGUCGAUGAUGCGCCCGUGUUUUUUGCUCAAUUCCAAUCGAUGAGCAGCGCCGCCUCUCCCACUGUACAAACAGCAGCGGAGCCUAUGCCAGCACAUAUCUUAAGCGAUGACGGUUAUCAUUAUCGUAAUGGUGGUAGCAGUGAAGGACUGAGUAACGCAAAUCUCGAUGUAAGACGUUUCCGCGCGAGACAUUGA